AUGAAGCACGUGCCUGCCAGGUGUAAGUGCGUCGGAGGCUCUGGCGAGCCGGCCCAAACUCUCUACGCGGCUCUGCUGAAGAGGGUGGACGGUAGUUCUUACACUGGAAACCCCCAAAGCGUCAAGGAUGUCAUCAUCUCCUUUCUGGUGCACUUAUUGAAUGUUGAGGGUCAUACCCGAGUUCCAGCACCGUCACCAGAUGAGCUCGAGGAGUUUGACGCAGAAACGGAAUGGAUGUUUCUUCAAGCACAUCUGGCGCUGCCUACACCGGGAUUCAAUUUCGAUUCUUUGCUAGAAGCUUCGCAUGCAUUUGGACAUGAAGCUGAUAAUGAACUGGAGAUGCUUCUGGAGAUGAACCUGGAGCUGGAGAUGCAGCUGGAGGCUGCUGAAGAUGUAGUUUAA